CAGCGACGCCGUAGAGAAGAAACCGGGAGUGAAAGAGAGGACGGAGCGGUGGAUUCAGCUCUACUGUCAGGAACAGAGUUUUGGGAUUAACUUGUGGACUGUAGGGCUUAGGAGAGAAGAGGCCACCAGGUGAAGCACAUGGAUGCCGAGGGCUUCGGGGAGCUCCUGCAGCAAGCAGAGCAGCUAGCAGCAGAGACCGAAGCCGUGUCUGAGCUGCCACAUGUGGAACGGAAUCUGCAAGAGCUUCAGCAGGCUGGAGAAAGGCUGCGUUCCCGCACUCUUACACGUACCUCUCAAGACACAGCCGAUGUCAAAGCCUCUAUUCUGCUGGGCUCCAGGGGUCUGGAUAUCUUUCAUAUUUCUCAGCGUCUGGAGAGUCUAAGUGCAGCCACAACCUUUGAGCCACUGGAACCAGUGAAGGAUGCAGAUAUCCAGGGCUUUCUGAAGAACGAGAGAGACAAUGCUCUGCUGUCCGCCAUCGAGGAGUCUCGACGCAGGACAUUCCUGCUGGCGGAAGAGUACCACCGCGAGUCUAUGUUGGUGCAGUGGGAGCAGGUGAAGCAGAGAGUGCUACACACCCUGCUGGGAGCAGGAGAGGAUGCAUUGGACUUCAGCCAGGAUGUAGAGCCGAGUUUCGUAAGUGAUGUCGGGGCUCCUGGACGCAGUGCUCUGGACAGUGUGGAGGUGGCCUAUGGCAGACAGAUCUACGUCUUCAAUGAGAAAAUAGUAAACGGACAUGUUCAGCCCAGUCUUGGUGAUUUGUGUGCGUCAGUGGCCGAUAGUCUGGAUGAUAAGAAUGUGUCCGACAUGUGGCUGAUGGUGAAGCAGAUGACAGACGUGCUGCUGGUGCCAGCCAAAGACACACUGAAAAGCCGCGUUGCUGUGGAGAUGCAGAUGGCUUUUGUCCGACAAGCCCUGACCUUCCUGGAAAACAGUUACAAGAACUACACCAUGGUGACUGUGUUCGGGAACCUGCACCAGGCUCAGCUGGGUGGAGUACCUGGCACUUAUCAGCUGGUGAACAGCUUCCUCAACAUCAAACUGCCCGGCCCGCUGCCAGGCAUGCAGCAGGAUGGGGAGGUGGAGGGGCACCCAGUGUGGGCUCUGAUCUAUUACUGCCUGCGAUGUGGAGACCUGUCUGCAGCCAUGCAGGUGGUGAAUCGGGCACAGCACCAGCUGGGAGACUUCAAGACCUGGUUCCAGGAGUACAUGAACAGCCCUGACCGCCGUCUGGCUCCAGCUACAGAGAAUAAGCUGCGACUGCAUUACCGACGUGUACUACGCAACAGCGCUGAUCCUUACAAGCGUGCCGUUUACUGCCUCAUCGGCAAAUGUGACAUCGCAGACAACCACGGAGAAGUGGCAGAUAAGACAGAGGACUACCUAUGGCUGAAGCUGAACCAGGUGUGUUUCGAUGAUGACGGCAGCAGUGCUCCGCAGGACAGGCUCACACUGGCUCAGCUACAGAAGCAGCUCCUGGAGGACUAUGGCGAGUCUCAUUUCUCGGCCAGCCAGCAGCCCUUCCUCUACUUUCAGGUGCUGUUCCUGACUGCACAGUUUGAAGCGGCUGUGGCAUUCCUGUUCCGAGUAGAGCGCCUGCGCAGUCACGCUGUGCAUGUGGCUCUCGUCCUCUAUGAACUCAAACUGCUUCUCAAGUCGUCAGGACAGAGCGCACAGCUAUUGAGUCAAGAACCAGGUGAUCCUCCAAUGGUGCGACGGCUAAACUUCAUCCGUCUCCUCAUGCUCUACACACGGAAAUUUGAAGCCACAGAUCCUCGAGAGGCCCUGCAGUACUUUUACUUCUUGCGGAACGAGAAAGAUCACCAAGGAGAGAAUAUGUUCAUGCGCUGCGUCAGUGAGCUGGUCAUUGAGAGUCGUGAGUUUGACAUGCUUCUGGGAAGACUGGAAAAAGAUGGAAGCAGAAAGCCUGGCGUGAUUGACAAGUUUGCCGGAGACACGCGGGCUAUCAUCACCAAAGUGGCCUCAGAGGCAGAGAACAAGGGCCUGUUUGAAGAAGCCGUCAAACUGUACGAGCUAGCCAAGAACCCUGAUAAGGUGCUGGAGUUGAUGAACAGGUUGCUGAGUCCAGUAAUUGCCCAGGUCAGUGCACCACAGUCCAACAAAGAACGUCUCAAGAACAUGGCGCUGGGCAUCGCUGAACGGUUCCGUACUAAUGGUGUGGCUGGAGAGAAGUCUGUGGACAGUACCUUCUACCUGCUGUUAGACCUCAUGACCUUCUUUGAUGAGUACCACGCUGGCCACAUCGACCUUGCAUAUGAUGUGAUUGAAAGACUGAAGUUGGUUCCUUUGAGCCAAGACAGCGUAGAAGAGAGGGUGGCAGCAUUCAGGAACUUCAGUGAUGAGGUUAGACACAAUUUAUCAGAGGUGCUGCUUGCCACCAUGAACAUUUUGUUCACACAGUACAAGCGCCUAAAAGGAGCGACAGCCGGCACACCAGGCAGACCACAGCGCACACUAGAGGAUCGGGACUCGCUACUGCGCAGCCAGGCCCGGGCACUGAUCACCUUUGCUGGGAUGAUCCCAUACCGCAUGGCAGGAGACACCAACGCCAGACUGGUGCAGAUGGAGGUCUUGAUGAACUGAGCAAGAGAGAGAAAGAUUGUUCUUUCCCUCCUGCUUCUCCAACUGUUCCCAUACCCCAUCCACUUCUUGUUUCUCCAUGCUUUGCAACCCCCUUGUGUGAAUUUAUAUUUGUAUUUCUUUUUCAUCGUUUUGAAAUAAAAAAAAAUCUCAAACUUUUGUUCACCAUAUGUUUGCUUUGCUUUUGUUCCCACCAUAAACCCAUUUUAUUUUAUUAUUUUUAGUUAUAAUAAGACUUUUAGUUACAAUUUAUCAUUUGGCAUCCAUUUGAUUUAUUUUAUUAUUUUGGACUGGAACAUUUUGGAGUAAAAUGAUGUGAUUUAAUAUUGCAUAAGACAGUGACUCUCAAACCGGUUACCAGGGUUUUUGAAGUGGUCAACAUUUUUGCUCUAAUAUCAAAGAGCUAAAAUAUGUGGACCAUCCAGAGGUUCUUGGGGACCAGUUUAAGAUUUACAGAUUUAAACUAUAGACUAAUCUACCAGGAAUUAAUUAAUUUUUAAUUACAGUUCAUACUGCUAUGAUAUCUCAUGUUGGGGUAGGCAUUCAUAACUUCCUCAGAACAAAACUGUCACUGUUUACUAUAUCAAAACGAAGGCAGUUGACCACAAGCCAGCUGUGCAAAAGAACAUGCCUUCAUUGUGGAAUGCUAAGAGCUGCCAUAUUGUCUCAGACAGAAACUGAAACGUGCUUGAGAGAGAGUAUAGGAGGAAGGUGUUUGGAGUACUCCACUGAUUCUCUCAACAGAUGGUGAGUUAAGGAGAAAUGCCUGUAGCGUACACAGAUGGACAUGUUGGCUUUGCCGCGCCUGGCUGCAUUGUCUCAGCCCCCCUGUUUAUCAAACCCAGCAUUGCUCUGCAUUUUUAACACUAGCAUCUGGAGCUGCUACACUUGCUUUAUUGCUCACCACUUCUAUAUUAACGUUACCUCAACCUAGCAUUAGGAAUUUUGUCUGUUGCUUAAAGCUUACUCCUUUUUUUAAUUGUAAGAAAUCUUUGAUACAAUUGGGAAUGGUUGUGUGGACUGCUGCUUAACCACUAGCUUGCAAAGUAUUGUUAACAUGAAUAUCUGAAGGCCUCAUAGCUUAGAGUCUCAAGCAAGAAGAUGCCUGUCAGAGGACAAGGGGACCAGUGUGUGUAAGGUGUGUGUGCUGCAGCUGGUGUUGUGAAUCAGGCCGAUGCCACACGUCCGCGAUAACCCGGCUAUUUCACAACACCAGGGUGGCCCCACACCGCUACCAACAUCAAGAACCGUGAUGAAGAACUUCGAAAAAUGUCCUCCAGAGAUUCCAUUUUUUUAUUUGUUUAUAAAAGUGAUGAAUGUGAAAUAAAACAUUUUACACCAGGA